AUGCCAUGGAAGAAGAAUUUGUUGGAACGCGACGUUGAACCGACCUGCUCUUGUACUGAUCCAAUCGCCGCUGAGUGGGCAACAAACAAAUUCUUUGCGGAUGCUGCGACUUCUGCUGCGACCCCGGCUGGUUAUUAUCAAGCAUUCAACAAUGGACAAGCGUGGAUUUCAGGAGAUGGGUUUAUUGGACACACGACAAUUGAUGAGUACGACAGCAGUAUCUGUGCGGCCAUUUGCGAUGGCAUUGAUGAAUGUUCCUCAUUCGAGAUCUACUUUGAGAAGGAAAUUGGUGGUCCAGCUCCAGCAAUCAAGUGUUCGUUUUGGGCUGGAGCAAUUGCUGCCAGUGGUUCUAGCAGCACAAAUGCCGUGAUCGCCGGUUGUAAUGGCUACACUAACAGCACCCUCACAACUCCCAAAGGGUUUGAUAUUCCGGUGUUCAUGGCGGGCGCGGCAAUUCAUCCACCACCGACUCCUGGAGCAUUCCUCGGCUCGAAGAUCUUUAAUGGACCAUUCGACACGUCGAAUUGCGCGGAGGCGUGCAGCUCAAUCGGCUGCAAAUUCUUCAACACCUACAUUGUCUCUAAGAAUGGUGUGAACCAGGGCCAAUAUUGCGACAUGUACGCCCAGCCAUUCGGACCAGAAUGGGCAACAGAAACCGGAAGAUCGGAUGGGAAGACAAAUUUUACUAUCUCUCAUAGCUUUGCCUGCGGUGCGACCGAAGAAAAACGCGGUGAGAGUCUGUCUAGCGGCGAACCCGGCGCUCCACCGGCCACAACACCGGCCAGCGGCAAUGGCAAGGGAGGUUCCUGGGAAGAGCGGCAUCCUUGGCACGGAAGUAGCCCUUAUGCGGGCAACAGUGCCAGCAGUGCCAGCCAAAGUACACGGUCAAGUUCCUCGACUUGGAAGCGCGGAGAUCAGACGUCUCAAGCAGGUCCUGCGCACUCGACAAUUGUUGCUUCGCCGACCGGCAAGGGCCAGAAACCUGCAACUGGCUCUUCGACUAACAAACCCGACGGCCACUCAGGAAGUUCAGACCCUGUUGAUGCAACCAGCGUGAAUCCAUCCUCAGUCGCUCCAACCUCGACUGGUCUAGGGGAUGCUGGCACGAGCCACAGAGGUGGACAGCCGACCAAUUCGAGACCAGGGCGGCCCGGUCGUCCCAGUAGCUCAGUGGGCAACCCCGUCAAAGAUCACCCUGGAAGCAGCCCUAAUGGCUCUGGGACUCCAGCUUCUUCUACUUCAGAGACCCCGCAAAAUCCUGGCUCCUCCGCAUGGGGUGACUGGGAUAACUGGAGUAUUACUACUCUCUCAACCCCAGGUGCAACCUCCUUGCCAAACUUCGACUCCCUCGACGACCAAGUCAGGUAG